UCCAGUUGGACCACCCCAUAAGGAGCUAACCACCCAAGAGUGCCUACUUUUGCCCUUGAUGUUCUCCACAGGGCAUUCUAUGAUGUUAUCAAGAAAGACAUCCAACAAAUAGUAAGAAAAAGACCAUUUCAUUCUGAUACUGCUUCUUUCUUUGAUUUUGAUCAGGUUUCCCAUCACCCUACCUCUUGUUUUGAAAGAUGUACAAACUUCAAACCAAAAGGGUAAAAGCUGCUGCUGGGCAGCUGUGGACUUCAAAUCUCUCCAGGAUCAGACAAUCUCUUAAAAAUGUUUACCAUACAUGUAAGAACCGGCACCCAGAUUCAACUAGACAUCCAACUAUGACUUCCUAUGAUUGUGAUAAAGAAGUUAUCAGUACUGAUGAAGAAAUGAAUCUUACAGCAACGAUCCAAGAUAUUAAAACCGCCCAAAUUGAACUCCUCAGCCAAAUGACUGAUAUUGUCAGUGUAGUACCCAAAAUCCAGGAAAAGAUUGAUUUUUAUCAGAAGCAAAUGGAGGUACUGGAAACCAGAAUGAAUGUUAAUGAAGAUAAACGAUGCACAAUAACUAAAGAUAUCUUCCCUAUGAAAGAAGACAUUGCUAUUUUAAAGAAGAAGGUGACAGAACUGGAAAACCAGAAUUCUUGCUCCAGCAUACAUUGUUUAGAAGUUCUGGAAGGAGAAAGGGAUAAAGAGAUCAUAGAACAACUUCACAAACUCCUACAACCAGAAACUCUGAAGAACACAUCGGCUUCUACAGACUAUGGACUCUCUUCAGCAGAACCAGAAAAAGUGCCUAGUUAUCCUGAGGCCACUGAUCAUCUUGAGGACAAAACAAUUUCUCCCAAAAUUAAAACUGUGGAAAAAAGUAACCAUCAAAAUGCAUUAAGAAGCUUUAAAAAAGCGAAGUCAAAUAUUUAUGUUUACCCAGACUUUAGUACAUGGAUCAAGCUAACUUUUGUCCCUGGAGGAAAGUGGAGAUUUUUCCUCAGUGCUACCGAGUUAGAGGAAUUCAUCCAGUGGCUUCUUUCUAGGCCAACCACCCCUCCUGAGGAACCACAACUUGUAACCCGGAGAUACUGUCCAUUCACUAGGUCUAUUGCAAGUUUGACCACAUUCUGUCUCUCUGUUUUCAACUAUAUUUACUGUCUUUUUGGUUUCUCAAAAGAGGAAGUAACUCGACUAUAGAGUUAUUUUCUGCUUUGACACAAAAUAAAUGUGAACUGGUUGUU